CGUAAUCUCAACGCCCUGUCUGAAGUCACAUUUAAUUUAGUCAAACUGCAGUGUGCAGGCGCUUGUAAACUGCACACGUAUUUGCAAACUUCUUUCUUUCUUCACAGAAAAACCAAUAGAAAAUUUCAGCGAUCACAUCCGUAAAAUUAUGUCUUUUUUAUUCUCUCAGAUCACCCUGCGGCUCCGCAGGAUAGCUCUACAUCAAUGUGUAAAAUAGCUGGAGUGCGGCUUUAAUCCAGACAAACACAUAACAAGUAAACCGGAAAGAUAGAAAAGCGCAGAGUAGUGAUGCACUCCAUCAAAUGCCUAGAUGUGAAAACACGCUGGGAUAAGAGGGUUGCGAAAUGUGUGCCGUGUCCUUUAAAGCCAGGGUAUGAAAUUACUCCUAAUUGUGGAUUUGAUGACAACGGAGGGCGACACGAGGUCCCCCACAAAAAGUGCAAAGUCAACACUUUCAACGAUGGCAGCUGGUUUUAUUGCCGACCUUGUACUGUAUGUCAACCGUAUGCGGUUUUAAAGCCCUGCAGCCAAACUACUGACACCGAGUGCCAAGACAACAGAGAGCAGACGACCGAAGUCCCUGUCAAAGAGGCAAUAACAUCUCUACAUGUCUCACUGCCAACGUUUCAGACAAACCAAGGAUCCUCUAACCCAGAUGCAGAAAUGAUAUCAACUACCCUCAACAGGCAGUCAAUAGAAACUGCUAGUUCUAGUCUACUUUGGGCAGUACCAUUAGCUGUCCUGAUUUCCAUCAUACUUGUUGUUUCAUCUGCUUUCAUGAUCUACAUGAAGCGGAAAAGAGGCCAGCACACAGCAUUGGUUUACCGCAGAAGAUCUUCAUUCAUCAGUGAAAGAUUCCCUCCCCUCCAUGCUCCUGCUUGCAACGAUGAUCUGAAGGACAUUCUCAGUUCUGAAAUCCUGUUAGCACCUUUACAGACAGUUCUGGACAACCUUGAUGUUUUGGAACAGUUGGUCAUUUUGUUGGAUCCAGACAGCCCCACAGUGAAAAACACUAAACAUCUGGCAUCCCACUGCUCUUUCUCCUCUACCUGGAUCACUUACAGCUACUCUAUGAAGGACAGUAAAAGCCCUCUGAAAGCUUUGCUGGAGGGGGUCACCAGCAGGUACCCUGACUGGACAGUGGGGCACCUGGCCAAGCUGCUCAGACAAAUGCAGCGCAAUGACGCCAUUGCUGUCCUUGCCCAACUCAGACUGAACGAGAUGGCCAUAUAGCAGGCCUGUUGAA